UGAAAAUUUUGGUAUUGAUAUUACUUGAGUUUUUUUUUUAUUAUAAAGUGAAAUGACAAUAAUUGUCAAUUGAUAAUAAUUAUAAUAUUACCUAUGCUAGUUUCAUAAUGAAUGUUAUACAAUUUACUAUCGUAUUUUUUAUUUCGUUUACACCUUCAAUACGCUCUCAAUUUUACCAGUUAAAGUAUGGACCAUAUCAGGAACACGGGAUUCCAUUUAGGGAAAACAAUUUUAUAGGUAAUAGGCCUAUAUUGCGUGAGUAUGAUUUUAUUGUGAUUGGAGCUGGUGCUGGAGGCUGUGUGGUGGCAAAUCGUUUAUCUGAACAAUCAAAUUGGUCAGUUCUAUUAUUGGAAGCAGGACAAGACGAGACUUUAUACACAGAUAUACCAGGAGCAGCAAACUUACUGCAAGAUACAAGUUAUAAUUGGGGCUAUACCUCUGAACCAGUUAAAAACGGCUGUUUAGGUUUUAAGAAUAAGCGAUGUCCUUGGCCGAAAGGAAAAGGCAUGGGCGGAUCGUCUGUCAUAAACGCUUUGCUCUACACAAGGGGAACAAAAGAAGAUUAUGAUACGAUUGCGGCACUAGGAAAUGCUGGUUGGGCUUACAAAGAUGUAUUACCCUAUUUUUUAAAAUCUGAAAACAAUUCUAUACCAGAAUAUCAAAACUCAUCUUUCCAUUCACAAAACGGAAUUUUACAUGUUGAACGAGUACGUUAUCGUUCGCCACUUGUUGACAUGUUUAUUGAAGCCGGAGUUGAAUUGGGAUUACGAAAAGAUAUUGAUUAUACAAUUAAUCAAGAACACGGUGUAUCACGUUCUCAAGUCACAACAAUAAAUGGACGCCGAGUAAGUGCAUCAAAAGCAUUUAUACACCCUGCCAAAGAUCGUCAAAACUUACAUAUAGCAAUAUUAAGCCAAGUAACAAAAAUACUUAUUGAUCCAAAAACUAAAAAAACUAUUGGAGUCGAAUUUAUUAAAAAGGGAAAAGUCAGAACAGUAUAUUCUAAAAAAGAAGUUAUUUUAUCUGCUGGCCCUAUCAAUUCACCGCAGUUACUAAUGUUAUCUGGAAUCGGACCAAAAGAGCACUUAAAGCAUCACGGUAUACCAGUAAUCCAAGAUUUACCAGUAGGACAACAUUUACACGAACACUAUGGUUUAAUCGGUUUGGAAUUCAUAGUAAAUCAAACGGGUCCGGUUCUGACUCAACAAAGUGUAUCAGAUCCUUAUUUAUUUGAUGAAUGGUUCAAGUAUGGCCGAGGACCACUCACUGUUCCACUAGGACGAGAAGGUGUAGCGUACAUAAGAUCACCAGCAGGAAAAGAACAUGAACUAAUAUUAGCGCCAGUAACGGAUAAGCCAAACGUUUUCUACAUUAAUACAUUUUUGUUACAACCUGUCGCUCGGGGAAGCGUAACUUUAAAAAACAAUAACCCAAUUCACCCGCCUAUUAUGUCCUUUGAUUAUUACAACAACAGUACUGACCUUGAAGAAAAUAUAUUUGCCGUUAAAUAUUCAGUGAAAUUUGUAGAAGAAACACGGGCAUUUCAGAGUGUAGCGGCUAAAUUGAACCCAGUACCGUACCCAAAAUGUGAACAUUUACCAUUUAAAUCUGACAAUUAUUGGGCUUGCUUACUAAUACAUGUGACGAGUACUUCAAAUCACCACUGCGGUACGUGUAGAAUGGGAGAUGUCGUUAACGAAAAAUUACAAGUAAUUGGAAUCGAUGGAUUGAGAGUUGUGGACUCCUCUGUGUUUCCACACAUGCCAAGUACACAUACUUAUGCUCCAACAUUAAUGGUUGGUGAAAAGGGAGCAGAUAUGAUUCGAAGUUAUUGGUCAAAAUAAUAUGAGUUUGAAUUAUUUGUUAAAUUAAUGUGAAAUUGAGUGUUUGGAGCUAAUGACUUUAUAAUUAUUACAGUAAAAUAAACAUUGCUCUAUUGCAAAUACAUAAUAAAUCGGUUUUUUACUUAAGAGGACGUUAUACGCGUUAUACCCUCAUGUGUUUUCAUUGUCUUUCUAACGUACAUCAUAGCAUAUUUGCGUUCAACAGAACAUAUUUUGUGAUAUUAGCUUUAAUAUUGGAGUCAAUUUUCUUAGUAUCAAAUUUAAAGCUAAGAAUAUUAUCUAGAAAAUGUCAUAUGAUUUUAUUAACAAUAUAUAAUUUUAAAAUAAGUUAUAGCUAUGUAAAAUAUAACAACUUUAAAAUGAUCAUAACUCACUUUAAAAUAAUAAUAUCAAUAAAAGCAUAUAGCAUUGCCUAGAUAAUAUUCUUAGCUUUAAAUUUGAUAAUAAGUAAAUUUACUCUAAUAUUAAAGCCUACUUCACAAAAUGUGUUCUGCUGAACGCAAAUUUGCUAUGAUGUGUUAGUAGGACAGAGACACUAUAUAAUAUGCGCGGGGUAGUUAAACAUUUUACGAAAGCUUAAAACUUUACUCUAUCAAUUUUAAUUACCUAGGUAUGUAUCAUAUUAUUAUUCUAUGUCUCAAUAACUAAAUGCUAUUGAUAAUAUAUUGUUUUAGUAUUUGUAAAAAUCCAAAAAACUAUAUGCUGUAUAGUAUACUUAUAUUGGAUGAAACGAUAAUUUUAAAUUUACCAUGGUGGAUAAAGUUGAAAACCGGUCUCGGUUUCGACGAUAAGAUACUUGCCUUAUUUUUUUGAUCCAAUGACCGAUAUUUAUUUCUGUUCUUAUUAUAAUAACACUAAACAAAAAUUAUGCCUACAUAUUAUAAAUAUUGUAAAAUUUCUACAAAAACAACAUAUUAGAUCUUUAGAAAUUACAUUUUCAAUAUUUUUUUAUAAUUAAUUCUAACAUUCUAUGUACCUAUAAUAAAAAUUAUAUAUUAUUUUGAUUGUACAAAAUAUUUAACACUUUUAUUAUUAAUAUAUUAGUAUUCAAAAAUACAUUUUCAAAGAAACAAAA